AUGGGCCCCAACACCACGAUCUUUCGCCUCAUGGCGUUGGCCGCUGCCCUGAGCCAGGCGACUGCUACCUUCGAUCUCGAUACUUCUGGUCCUAGCUGGGCCUAUACAUCCGAGGACCUCGCAGACACGACAUCCCAGGCUUGCAAGGAUGCCUACAGCGCCAGUAUCAACUGCGAUGAAACUCUCCUUAAGAUCGUAGCGUCGAUGGAUCCCGACUUCGACCCACAACCUGCAGACUUGGAAGCUAUGUGUACCACAACAUGCAGUGAUUCCUUGUCGCAGUACAUCAAGAACGUCAACGCUAAAUGCGACAAGGACGGUGAUCUAGCCGGGCUUAACGCGGGGAGAAAGCUUGACUACGAGGUUCCCGUGGCCACCGUCGGCGAGGUUUUCCAGUACAAAUACAGCCAAGCUUGUGCCACAAGCGGGUCUGAUUACUGCUUCGUGACCUAUCCCAGAAGUCCUGAUUGGGCCAGUGGGGAGUUCCCAUGUGACAACGAAUGUGCAGUUAAGUUUUUCCAAAACGCGCACAACCAACCUGGCUCGGCAUAUUUCUUCAGUUACUUUUCGCUUAACACCCAAACUUCAUGGUGGGACGAUGUCUUUGCCGAGGGCUGGGAAACAGUGGUAAAGUGCCACAAAGACGGAAGCGAUGUGAGCUCCGUUAGCACCAGCGAAAGUGCGACAAAGACCGACACCGUUGAAACUUCAUCUGUAAGCAGCUCAACUAGCACCGAAGCUGCGAUCUCCACUACCUCAGCAUCGACUACAGCGACGGAGACCGCCUCACCAGUUCGGUCCGCCUCUGGGGCAACUUCUGCUACAGCCAGCAGUGGUGCUUCCAGGCUCAGACCCUUCUUCUUUUCCAGAGGUUUCUUGGCAUAG